ACAGGAAAACUUCCCGUCAGGAUGUUUUCCCCGUAGGGGUUUUGCGGCCAAGAAAAUAGCUUAAAAGAGAUGUAAAAUGUUUUCGCGGGGCGGUAAUCCUGUGGAAGGCUGUCAUGCUGCCCGGCCGCGCGGCGACUUGGUAAUGGUUAGAAUUUUUACAGAGUCUUAAGGCGUGAUCAUCUUCCGUACUGACGAUGAGGAUGCUACACAUCGUCCUGGUGCUCCUGCAGCUGGGAAGCAGCAGACAACAUCGACCGCUACCUGAAGGAGCAGUGGGGGUGGUUGCGGGAGCGCAUUUCGAGCCGAUACCUCAGGUAACAUUGUACACUUCAUCGGUACCAGUAAAUUUUAAGGUUGCUUGGCCAAUGCAAUUAGAUGACAUUCAGGAUAGUAUCAAAGAAAUCACUUCUUGUCCCUCCAAUAGUUCAAGUGAAUGGUGUGUUAUUUUCAAAGAAUUAAAACAUAGCUUAAUUUAUACUGACAUGCUAAUUAAUAAGGUAAACGAAGCAGCAGGGGAUGACGUAUUGGAUUUUCAGUCUCAAGUUCGGGAAAGACGAGGGUUAAAUUUCAUUGGAGAGUUUUUUCAUUGGUGUUGUGACAUUGCCGUCAAUAGUCAAUUGAAUAAUCUUUUCCUAAAUGAACAACAAAUGUCAGAACACAUAAACAAGAUGGAAUCACAAAUUUUAAACACUCAUGAGGCACUGGCAAAUAUGAGCAACACUAUUUUUGUUAUAAACGAGGGAAUGACCGGAAUUCUAAAAAGAGUACAAUCAAAAUUCACAAAUUUGUCUGAUUACUUAAAAGACCUCCGAGAGACUAUGGUGACUAAGUUUUCAGGAAUGGUUCAAGACAUAGGACAUUCAUUCCAGUUUCAGGUACUGUUGGCCUCUCAAUUAGCCAAACAAGCGCAUACAUUUACAAGACUAGAGAUUCUGGACCAGUGCCGGUCAAAUAAAAUACCUGCCAUUGUAGUUACACCAGCUCAAUUGAAAGAGAAAUUAAAUAUGCUAAAUGAAAUUCUUAAUAGGGAUGGUUAUGCGUUGUCCAUAAGUGUAUCAGAAGUUCAGAAAUAUUUUAAUUUACCCAUUUGUAAAUGUCAAGUCCACAAGGAAAAUUUAUACCUUCAAAUUAAAGUACCAAUUGUUAAACUAAAUUCCAAUUGGAGAUUGUUUCAGUUCGUCGCAGUCCCAUUUCAGUGGAAGAACUCAACUUGUCAUUUGGAUCAUGCUCCGAAUUUUCUGGCAGUGGAUGGAGACCAUCUAAUCACUAUUCAGGGUAGAAAUUUAUUAGAUUGUAGACCAUUUGAAGAUAAAUUGUGUUUUGUUCCCAGGUUCUCCGGAGAUACCCUAGGUAGUGCUUUGUGUCCAAAGGCUCUUUUUCAGGGGAUUACCGUUGAAAAUCUUAGUACCACAUGUGCGUUUCGAUGCCAUUCCGGAAACCAACUGAUGAUCACCCAGGCUGGACCAGAGCGGUACUUCCUAACAAACCCGUCAGGAAAAUUAGACUUGCAAUGCAUGAAACAUAACAAUGAAUCUUUAUUUUUAGGAAGUGGAGACAUCCUCGGAGCUGUAGAUAUAGAAGUACCGUGUGAUUGUCGUUUGUAUUUAAACCAAGAACUUAAAAUUAACGAGUUGUAUCCAUGUGAUGCGUUAACAAAAUCUAAAUUUCAAUUGGUACAUGUAAUACCAGCUGCUUGGACGAAGUUACGUAAAUUGAAAAUUUUCCCUCAUCCUACGUCAACACAUACAGUUUUUCCAUCCUUAAUGGAUUGUUUAGAUGAAAAUUGGCCAACUCUAAUACCACAUUUAAAUUUUUCUUUGACAAAGUUUGAAACCCCUUUAGACCCGAUUCAUUUAAGAGAACCAGAAAACGUACCAAGAUUUGUAAUGAAAAACUUACAGAGUAUUGCGCUUUCCAUUGUAAGUAGUGUAUUAUUAUUUAUUAUUAUUAAAAAUCCAUAUCUAGUAGGUAUUGGAACGCUACCAAGAGUAUCCGCCUUGGACAAUGUUACUACCCUUGGCAUAGAAAUAAGUUUAACUGUAAUUACUAUAUUGGUAAUAGUUGGAAUGUUUUUAGUUCUGUUAUUAAAAUAUCUGAGAAAUCGGAAACCCCUCAGUAUGUCUGUAGAAAUCUCGACUACAGUAGAAAAUGCUGUUCCUUCUACCAGUGGAAAGGUAGAAUUAAAAGACAUACUAGCCAGAGAUAAUGGUUGUGUAGCUAAGUUAUCCAGUGAAACUGGGGAGGAAUUGAAAGUAACCAUUUCCAUUUGUGAUGAUCAGUAGUGAAUGAAUUUUGUUCAAUGUAAAGCUUUACCUACGAUUAGAAAAAUUAGAAUUUGAUUAAUGUUUAUGUGAAGGGGCAUGCGCCCAUAAAUAAUUUUUAUAGAACCAAAUAACGAUGGAGGGAGAAUACCAGGUUCAAUAAGGGGAAUUAUGACGUCAGGACUAAUCAUUGAGAAAGUGGGUGGGAUCCUUUCCGUAUUCCCAUUUUCCACCAUAACCCCCCCCCCCCCCCCCCCUUGUGUUUUUAUUAUUCAAGAAGUGACAUUGAUAGUUUUCGUCAAUCGAAGAGAAUGACUUUUGAGGCGGACUUGUUAAGGGCAAUUUCGAAAGGAGUGCUGUGGUGCAGCUCCAUCCAGAACUCUUGUCCCUUCUCGAGUUGGGAGAAGGCGCGUCGUUAAGGGUCAGCCAGAUACCACGUGGGCCAGUUGGGAGAAGAGGACCUGCUUCUACCCAUUGCUGCGGGCUGGUGCCCGUAUCGUCGAAUCGUGUGGUGAUGCACGAUUACCAGGAGUAUCAGCGGUUUGGGAGUGGCCAUGUCCAAGGACAGUGAUUACGCAUCGCGAUAGGGUGUGGCCCCCCAAACAACAAAUUUAUCGAGAAGACUAGAAUUAUCCAUCGUUUGAAACUACUGACCUGACGUUCAAAACAAAGUGUAUAGCAAGACAAGGCCAGUG